AUGGGCUAUUCCGAAAGAUAUCUAUCGUGGUUCACUUUCUUCGUUCUUGUCUGUCAGGGGAUCAGCAGCGAUCUCUGCCGAAACACUACAAUUGAAAUUCAAAGAUCCUAUGGAUUUGAUUCACUUGCUGAUUUCCUAAAUGCUGCAGUCGACUACAGUAAGGAUCCUUGCGAAGAUUUUUAUCAAUUCGCCUGUGGAAAAUGGAUGACAGAAGGGAAAGAACCAGUUGUGAGACUGGCUUUUGCACAAUUUCGUGACAGUAUAAAAAAAAUAAAUGCAAUUUUGAAAGCUUUCUUCGUUUCUGAAGAAGAAUCUAGAUCAAAGUCAGUCAGUGCAAUGAGGGAGGUGUACAGGAACUGUUUGUCAAGUGAUGAAGAUUGGAAGUCGGAUGGAGGACCUAUCAAGUUUGUCUUAGAAAGAAUUCAGAAAUAUGGAUAUUUUCCGUUAAUAGAUGGUGAUGAAAGAGAAACAGAUAUUGAUCGGACACUCUUGUUUGUACAUUUCAACAAAAACAAGGCUGUGGUCAAGUCGAUUCUACCCGUUAUUGGAUUGAAUUAUAGAGACAAUAUCUCCCAAGUUAUGAUUUCUUUCAAUCCACGAUACGAUUUCCCUGACGCCGAGCCUAGAAUGAUUUAUGGGAAUAGAACUCUUGUGUACCCAAGCUUCGAUGAGCUUUUGUUCACAGUGUCCAUGAAGAUCUGCAGCGAAAUACGCGCCAAAUGCAAUGAAACUUCGAUUCGUCAAGGUGUAAAAGAAAUGCUGUCCGUGGUUGAAAAGGUCCACGGUCUGAGAAGCUGGAUUUCUCACUUUGAUGGACACCAAUGGCUCCGCUUAAGCGAGCUAAAUGACCAACUAUCGUCGGUUAACUGGACCAAAUAUUUCAUUAUGAUGGCGCCUCCUGAUACGCACAGCUACUUUCUUGCAGAUCCUUUGGUUCAUGUUCCAAACAGAAAAUACAUAGAAGAGUUGGACGGAAUUCUGCAGAAUACACCCAAAAGGGUACUAGCAAACUUUGUGAUUCUCCACUACAUCCUUUCAUGGGCAAACUAUUUAAAUGACGAUUAUAGGACACUGCUGAAGGAAUAUAUGCUUGACCUUGGAGUAAAGAACUUUCCCUCGAAAUCCACUUUUUGUUUCACUGUAACGACUAGAAUAUUUGAUGCUGCAUUCACGUCUGUAUAUGGACAGAAAUUUAAUGGCAGUGCUAACGAGAAACUAGUGGAAAAACUCAUCCGUGAAAUAUUUGCCUCUUUUAAAGAAAGAAUAAAAGAAAACAAAUGGAUGACAAGAGAACAGAAAGAGUUUGCAAUUUUGAAAGCAGAACGAAUGAGAAUUUACGCCGCCUAUGAGGAUUUCCAUCUUAAUGACAGUGAAUUAGAUAAUCGUCACAAAGAUCUCAUCGAACUUCAACAUCUAAAGUUUCUAGAGUUGCUGGACAAAUAUGACUACUCGCGGAGUAUAUCGCACUUCAGAAGAUUGCUAAAGUUUGACGCCCUAGAAGUAUUCGUUCCGAGCCUCUUAGCUAGAGAAGAAGAGUUGACAGGUCCUUUCUAUGAUAGGGAUUUCAAUAUGAUGGUUAUACCUGUAUCCUUCCUUCACAUGCCGUUGUUUCACAACGAAUAUCCAGUCUACGAAGAAGAAAAAGUCAAAGCUUUCUAUAUGAACCUGGAAAAGUUCUACCGAGAAGAUCAUGCCUUCUACAAGGUCAUAAUUGGCGAUUUCAACGCCGAAGUUGGCCCAAGAAGAACGCCGGAGGAACUUCACAUCGGGACCCACGGCCUACAAUGGAAUGACCAAAGGGAGGUGCUCUCCGAGUUCAUCAUGAAGACUGAGACCAUCCAUGGGAACUCGCAAUUCCAGAAGCCCUCCUCUCUACGCUGGACGUGGGAGCCACCAGGUGGAGGGUACCGUAAUGAAAUAGACUACAUCAUCGUCAAUAAAAGGUUCUGCCUGACGGACGUCGCUGUUGUACCAAAGUUCUAUACGGGGUCGGACCAUCGCCUCCUUCGAGGAAGAUUUUCUUUCACAAGAAGAGCAGAGAAACCCAUCAAGUACAGAAGGAGAAAUCCCAGGACUAUCAUCAACUGGGAUCUCUUCGCUACGUUAGCCGGCUUUUGGGAAGAUUCCGCAAUGGACAACAUCGACGAGGAAUAUGACCGGCCCGUUGAACACCUUCACGACUGUGCAAAGAAGGCUGAGAGUUUUGAAACGACCAAGAGACGCCUGUCUCUUGAAACUCUUGAGAUGAUACGCCAGCGUGGAGCAGCACGAGCCGCAGGGAACCAAGAACUCACGUCCGAGCUUGCAAGGCUUUGCAGAGAGGCGAUAAAGGAAGACCUUAAAGAGAGAAGAGCAGAAGUGCUGGCUGAAGCUGCAGAGGCGGGGAAAAGCAUCCGCUAUGCCCGUCGAGACUUCGCCAGUCGCAAGACGAGGAUGACUGCUCUCCGGAACCCAAAGGGAACAGCCAUUGCAUCGAGAAGGGGGAUGGAGAAAAUCAUCCACGACUUCUACUCUGAUCUCUUCGACAGCCAUGUCCACUUGCCUCCUCACCAUCUGAGGGAAGAUGGACAAGUCAUUCCAGAGGUUCUCCCGUCCGAAAUACGACAUGCUGUCAUGUCGGUAAGAAAUCGUACGGCACCCGGUCCCGACAGAAUAAGAUCAGAAAACCUGAAGAGCCUUCCGCCAGUACUCAUUAACACCAUGGCGAGGCUCUUUACACGUUAUCUGUCGGAAUGCAAGGUUCCUAAACAGUGGAAGACCAGUAAGACCGUGUUGUAUAAAAAGGGAGAUUCACAUGACAUCGGCAACUAUCGUCCAAUCUGCCUACUGUCCGUCAUCUACAAGCUCUUUACAAGAGUGAUCCUUAAUAGGAUUGAAAAAGUCCUGGAUGAAGGACAGCCAUGCGAGCUAUCAGGGUUUCGAAAAGGAUUCAGCACGAUUGACCACAUUCACACUGUUUCGAAACUCAUCGAGGUAUCACGAGAGUACAAGAUGCCGCUCUGUCUCACCUUCAUCAACUUGAAAAAGGCCUUCGACUCAGUUGAGACGGAAGCGGUCGUGGAAGCCUUGGACAACCAAGGCGUCCCUACUCAGUACAUAAAGGUACUUCGAGAGUUGUACAGUAACUUCACGACCGGAAUUUCGCCAUUCUACAAGAACAUCAUCAUUGACGUGAAGACGAGGGUCCGACAGGGUGAUACAAUUUCACCCAAAAUAUUCACAGCCACCCUCGAGAACGCAAUGCGAAAGUUGGAAUGGGACGACAUGGGAGUUAACGUUGAUGGUCGGCAGCUACACCAUUUGCGCUUUGCUGAUGACAUCGUACUGAUAACACCUAGCAUCAGCCAAGCGGAACGAAUGCUGACCGAAUUCGACGAAACAUGUGGAUGCAUCGGUCUUCAGCUGAAUCUACAAAAGACGAUGUUCAUGCGAAACGGAUGGGUCUCGGAUGCCCCAUUCACGCUCAACGGAACGAACAUAUCCGAAUGCACCAGCUUCGUUUAUCUGGGUCGGGAACUGAACAUGAUGAACGACCUGACCCCCGAGCUGGGCAGGAGGAGACGAGCGGCUUGGGGAGCGUACAAGAGCAUCGAGGAUGUAGUGAAGAAGACCAGGAACACCCGGCUCCGUGCUCACCUCUUCAACACCACCGUACUUCCUGCUUUGACCUAUGCUUCGGAAACCUGGGCAUUUCGCAAGCAGGAAGAAAACGCGGUGGGCGUCAUUGAACGCGCAAUUGAGAGAGUGAUGCUAGGAGUAUCCCGUUUCACGCAAGUGAGGGACGGAAUUCAAAGUUCUCUCCUACGUCAGCGAUCGAAGAUUAGAGACGCCGCCGCGUUUGCCAAGCAAAGUAAAAUAAGGCGCACUACAGGAAGACCGCCGACCCGAUGGUCAGAUUUCUUCACGAAGUCCUUCAAAGAAAAAUAUGAUGCUCUUCGUGUCUCACGCGAAAUGAGGAGCCACUGGGUUACUCUGGCACGCGAUCGGGACAAAUGGAAGAAUUACUGGCGCCCGCUCGACCAGUUCGAAGAUCAACGGGAGUCAAGCUCGUACAGUUAUGGGUCCAUCGGUUCCAUAAUCGCACAUGAGAUCAUACAUGGAUUUGACAUUAACGGAAUAAAAUAUGACGAAAAUGGAAACCGAAGACCUUUUAAGAAAAAGGAAUGGCAUGAGUUCUUCAAGGGGGUAACUUGUUUGAAGAAACAAUACAAGAACUCUGUGAUCCCUGGUAGCAAGUUGAAACCAAACGCCGGCCGCACUCUUAGUGAAAACAUGGCCGAUGUAGAAGGAGUCAGGCAAUCGUUUGUGGCAUUUAAAAACUAUCAGAAAGAAGAGGGAUAUAGAGAGGAAGGUCGAAUUUGGACAACGGAAGAUAUUACAGCAGACCAGCUGUUCUUUUUGGGAUGGGGCAUUAUACUUUGCGGGAAGUUCAGCGAAGAGGAAUUGAAAGCAAUUAUUCUUUGGGAUACCCACUCACCACCAGUUCUAAGGGUCAACAAUGUUGUAGCCAAUGUGGAGGGAUUUGCUGACGCCUUCCGUUGUUCGCCAGAUUCACCAAUGAAUCCCAAGAAUCGUUGUUCGAUCUUCUGA